CCGAUUGGCUCGGUGGCCUGUCACUCAUUUCCAGCUGUCAGAAUCAGAAACCGUGCUGCUCAAACUGAGACAACCAACCUUGAGAGACCUUUCGUGGCCAAAAUGAUGGUUUAAGUAACAAAGCCAUCACCUGGCCCAGCCCUUCCAUCACCAUGGAGACUGCCGCCAGCUACGUGCUCAUCCAUGGGAAGAACAUCUCCCACAGCACCUUAGCGAGCUCCACUGCUGCUGGUCCCCACAUGUCCAUUGACAAGCUAUUUCCUGCCUUGCUGGAGUGCUUUGGCAUCAUUCUGUGUGGAUACAUAGCUGGCAGAGCUGACAUCAUCACUGAGAGCCAGGCAAAAGGUCUGGGCAACUUUGUGUCCAAAUUCGCGCUCCCAGCUCUGCUUUUCAAAAACAUGGUGCUGCUGGAUUUUGGAGGCGUUAUUUGGUCAUUUUUGUGGAGCAUCCUGGUUGCCAAGGUGUCUGUGUUCGCACUGGUGUGUGUUCUCACACUGAUGGUGGCAGGUCCUGAAACUAGGUACGGUAAAGCUGGGCUGUACGCCAUCUUUGCCACACAGAGCAACGACUUUGCACUGGGGUAUCCCAUUGUUGAUGCUUUAUAUAGGAGCACCUACCCAGAGUACCUCCAGUACAUCUAUCUAGUUGCUCCUGUGUCCCUGAUGCUGCUCAAUCCCAUUGGAUUUGCUCUCUGUGAGGUGCAGAAGUGGAGGCAGGCCGGCAACGUGCAGCGAAGCACUGCAGGAGUUCUGGCAGUUGUUGUCCUACAGGUGUUGAAAAAUCCAAUCGUGUUCAUGGUGGUCAUAGGGAUCGCCUCUCACUUCGCUUUGGGCCAGAGGAUCCCUGCUGUGCUGUCCGACUUCAUUGAUGGCUUGGCCAACUCUUUUGGAGGGGCGGCCUUGUUCUACUUGGGCCUCACCAUGGUGGGUCAGUUGAGGAAGCUGACACGAGAUGCUGGAGUCGCUUUGAUUCUUCUCAUCACUGCCAAACUUUUGGUGAUGCCGCUUGUCUGCAAGGACAUGAUGGAUAUUCUGGACGUGGGUGUCAACAGUACCAGUGCCAACCACACCAGUUUGUCCAACUUUGCUUUCCUCUACGGCGUCUUCCCCACUGCACCCAGCGUGGCCAUCUAUGCCGGACACUACAGCUUAGAGCUGGAAGUGGUGACUUCAGGCAUGGUCAUUAGUACGUUCCUCUCGGCCCCCAUCAUCUACGUCUCUGCCUGGCUUUUGACAAUCCCCCUCAUGGACCCCGCCCCUCUGGUCGCAGAACUCCAAAAUGUCAGCUUCAAUAUCAGCAUCGUCUGCUUGGUGGCGCUGGUUUGGACCAUCGCGGUGAUGCUCCUCAGCAGAAAAUUCAACCGUCUUCCUCACCUCUUUGCCUUAAAUCUCUUCUUGGCUCAGUUUCUGGUAUGUGUCAGCAUGAUCCUGUGGAACUUCCUGGCCAGACAAGAAGAUAAUCUCAUCGGAAAAAUUCUGGCCUUUUCGCUGCUUUACAGCUCUCUGUACAGCACGUACAUUUGGACAGGUCUAAUCCCACUCUGCUUGGCUCUGACCAGCAGAGAUGAUCUGCUGAGGCUGCGACCGGCAGUUUUCAUGGUUUUGGGUUGGGGGGUUCCCUUGAUCAUGGUCGGAGGUCUUUUAUUAUCAGGCCACAGGACCGACACCAUUGAUUCAGCCUUCUUCUAUGGCAAAGCUCAGAUCAUCAGCACAGCCGUGGUGCUUGCAGUCAGCCUGGGGCUGGGUGCGAUCUCUCUCAUGGGUCUCAGCCAGGGAGGCAGAGAGCAGAGAGGAUACCACGUCCUGAAUAGAACUGCUGUUCCUGCUGCUCAUAAUGAGGAUUCGAGGACCCCUGGUGGUGUGGAAGAUACACAACAACCACAACAACAACAGCAGCAGCAUUACGCAGAAACUUCACCUGCCUGCAGCAUUAACUCAGACACACACACUCCUCCUUUCCAGUCGGUACCUGAUAUGAUUGCCAGCACACAGCUGAACCACGGCAACAACACUGGCCACACAGGGGGGCUAUGCGAUGGUCAUCAGCAGAAUUCAUCCUCGUCGGAGCAUCUUCUAAACCUGGCUGGACCAGAGCGUCAACACACUGCUGAUGAUAAGCAAACAGUCAGACACGUCUUGCUGUGUCUCCUCCUUAUUGUCAGCUUGCUAGCAAACCUCUCCAGCUGCCUUUGGUGGUUGUUCAACAAGGAUCCAGGACGACUCUACUUGGAAUUGCAGUUCUUUUGUGCUGUAGCAAACUACGGACAGGGCUUCCUGUCCUUUGGGAUCUUCGGUCUGGACCAUCACCUCAUCAUCUUACCCUUCAAGAAGAGGUUGCAGGGGUUGUGGCGAGGUCACGACGCAGAGGAGCAGAGUCCUUCAGGAGGUCCUGAGGAGGUCAGACUCACCUGCACGCAGUUUGUCCGCUACCACAAGGAGCAGUGUGUGCAAGAUAUAGUUCACACGCGCAGGUUCUGGAGCGACCUCCCGCAGCAGCAGCAGCCGGAUCCUCAGGCUGACCAACACCAGCAUGAACCCGACUUAGACUCACCUAACCAGCAACCCCACAUCCAAAGCACGUUCCGGGGCUGCGACCUGGUCGACUGGCUGCUGGGUCGUGGCCUGUGUGCCGGGCGAACCCAGGCUCGGCGCUACGCAGCAUGUCUCCAACAGGGAGGCGUGUUCUGUGACACGACGGGUCAGCACAGCUUCAGGGACGAGUGCACGAGGCUCUACCAUUUCAUACAGGAGGAAGAGACUGAUGGCUGAUGGUCCGGUGAGGAGGAAACCAAACAGCAUCCACCAGGCCACAACACAGUGCCUUAUGGUGCAGUUCUUCCAUCCUCCACUAGAGAAGCUCUUGUUCUUCAAAGUGCAGGCAAGUUCCCGUUAAAAGUUUAGUUAUGCAUAUCAUAUGAAGGUUCAGUCGCCUUCCAUGUUGGUUGGUGGUUUCUGCUUUUGAUUCUGCUCCUCUCUCUUAACUACUGACAUGAUUUGUUUUGAUUUCCUUUUAUUUCAGUGCACACUAUGUGAUCAUUGGACCUUUCAUUGGGUACACAUUAAAAUGACUCCAGGGUCUUUACAAAGAUAAUAAUGCUCAGUUUUUGCACAACGUACUGUUAAAAUUAGCAAAUGUUGACAUAAUGAAUACCUGUGUGAUAUUAUUAUCUUUGCAAAGUAAAUUAUUAUUAUUUUUUUAAUUCUACAGCAAUUCAUUUGUCCUCAAUGUUGCCUAUUGUCCCUACUGUGUGAUUUUCUUGACACUACAAGUCUCCAAGUACCACUUUUGGAUGGCUUUGACUGCUUGCAUGACUCAAACAUAUAUGCAAAUCUCACCAGGAAAUAUGUGCCCUGCGCUAUUACAUCUCAAUUUAAUAACCUUCCGCAAAUGUUGGACAGUUAAAUAAAUAAAUGUUAAAUUAAUACAAUGUUUCCUGUCAAAUGGAAACAUGUGUAAACUUUAAAAACCUGCUUUACAAAGGGUUUAGCUUCCACUGAAUGCUGGCUGUACACCUUCUCACGGUUGACCUGUUCUGUGCUGUUUUUACUGUGACGUCUGAACUACACUGAAAUAAGAGCUGAUUUAAGGUGGAUUCAUGUUUUAAAAGAGGGCAUAUUCGAUACAUACACUAAUCUACGUUAGGGAUAUUCAGCUAAACAAUGAAGUGAAAAAGCACUACAACUUCACAUUUUGACCUUUUAAACUUCUGAAUGCACAUGUCCAACUGUUGAAUGACGGAGAGGACUGCUUACAUACCAAUUCUAAUUUAACCAGGACUUUUAUUGGUCCAUUCAUGGUUCACACACUUGUGCCAAAUAUUGAAAAGCUGGAUGUGUUCAUUCAGAAGUUUAAGGAAGGUCAUAAAUGAAGUUAAUCCUAAAAUUUCACUCGAUAUUGCUAACUUUUUGUGAGUUUUCUUCUGUUUACUGAUGUCACAUGACUUUAUGUGACAGGGCGUCUCGCCUCCGCCAAUGUGAAGGUGUGUUUUGGUGUGUGCAUGAUGUAUGUGUCACGUGUAAGAGAGAAUAAAGAGAUUUUAAUAAGACGUUUAUUGUACG